AUGGCGGGGGCCGGGCCCGCACUGCUACCUCUGCUCCUGCAGCUCGGGAGCCUGGCGCUGGCCGCGCGGGGUGGAGAGGUCUCCAGAAAGCGCCCUAGGCUUGCUGACAUUCUUGACUAUCAGCAGCAGGCACCCUCCCACUCCUUGGUCCCUGCUGAGGCUCCCCAGCAGCAAGGGUGCCCCCUGGAGGAGAGGCUGGAACGGCUGGAAGCCGAGGUGACUGACCUCAGAAAGCAGAACAGGGACCUGCAAGGCAGAUUAAUGCGACUGGAGUCUUGUGGCUGCUGCUCAGCAUCUUCCCCCUGCUGGGGGCUGGGACACACCUGUCCUGAAGGGGCUCGCUGGGAGCCUGAUGCCUGCACGGCCUGUGUGUGCCGCGAUGGGACUGUACACUGUGGCCCCCAGCCCAGUCUGUCCCACUGCCAAGGUCAGUGUCACCCCAUCCCCACUGCAGAUAUUUGGGGGCCUAAAGAAGGCACUAGGGCCCCAAAUGGCAUUACUGUCUCCACCUCAGGCUGCAUCCACAAUGGCCGGUCUUAUGGUCAUGGGGAGACCUUCUCCCCAGAUGCCUGCACCACCUGCCGCUGUCUGGCAGGAGCUGCGCAGUGCCAAGGGCCCUCGUGCUCCAAGCUCAGCUGCCUGGAGACCCUCAUCCCGCCUGGGGAAUGCUGUCCCAUCUGCCGUCCAGGCUGUGAGUAUGAAGGGCAGCUCCACGAGGAAGGGGCCAGCUUCUUGUCCAGUUCCAACCCAUGCCUGCAGUGCUCUUGCCAGGGGAGCCUGGUUCGAUGCGUACCUGUGAAAUGCCUGCCAAGUCCCUGCCCUGAGCCAGUCCUGAAGCCUGGACACUGCUGCCCAGCCUGCCAAGGCUGCACAGAAGGUAACUCUCACAGGGACCACGGCCAAGAAUGGACCACUCCCGGAGACCCGUGCCGCAUCUGCCAGUGCCUGGAGGGCCACAUCCAGUGCCACCAGAGAGAGUGUGCUAGCCUGUGUCCAUACCCUGCCAGGCCCCUUCCGGGCACAUGCUGCCCAGUGUGUGAUGGAUGUUUCCUAAAUGGGCGGGAGCACAGCAGCGGGGAACCGGUGGGCUCCCAGGACCCCUGUUCCAGCUGCCGCUGUGCUAAUGGGAGUGUCCAGUGUGAGCCUCUGCCCUGCCCACCUGCACCCUGCAGAUACCCGGGCAGGAUUCCUGGGCAGUGCUGCCCUGUCUGUGAUGGCUGUCAAUACCAGGGACAUGAAUAUCAGAGCCAGGAGACCUUCACCCUCCAAGAGAAUGGCCACUGCCUUCGGUGCUCCUGCCAGGCUGGUGAAGUAUCCUGUGAAGAACAGGGCUGCCCGGUUGCCCCCUGUACGCGGUCUGCCUCUGGCCCGAAGCUCUGUUCAGCCUGUGUGCUCAAUGGUGAGGAGUUUGCUGAGGGGACCCAGUGGGAGCCAGAUGGGCAGCCUUGUACCAUCUGUUCCUGCCAAGAUGGAAUGCCCGUGUGCAGCGCUGCGCUUUGCUCCCCAGCACCCUGCCAACACCCUACCCAGCCCCCUGGUGCCUGCUGCCCCCGCUGUGAGAGCUGCACUUACCAUGGCCUAGUGUACAACAAUGGGCAGAACUUCACAGAUGUGGACAGCCCUUGUCAUAGCUGCCGCUGUGAGGAUGGGACUGUGAGAUGCUCAUUGGUCAGCUGUCCUACCACAACCUGUGCCAAGCCCCAGAGUGGACCAGGCCAGUGUUGCCCCAAGUGCCCAGACUGCGUCUUGGAGACACAAGUGUUUGUGGAUGGAGAGCGGUUCCCUCAUCCGAGAGACCCCUGCCAGGAGUGCCAUUGUCAGGAAGGCCAAGCUCACUGCCAGCCUCGGGCCUGCCCCAGCGCCCUCUGUGGUCACCCUCUGCCCAGCGCCUGCUGCAGGACAGACUGCAAAGGCUGUGCCUUUGGCGGGAAAGAGUACCCUAACGGAGCGGACUUCCCUCACCCCACUGACCCGUGCCGCGCGUGUCGCUGUCUGAGCGGCAACGUACAGUGCCUGGCGCGUCGCUGCCCUCCGCCCUCCUGUCCCGAGCCAGUUCUGCCUCCGGGGGAGUGCUGCCCGCGGUGCAGGGAUGCCCUUCCUGGUUGCCCACAGUCAGGGGGUGCGGUCCCCGCCCGCCACCAGGAACACUUUUCCCCACCGGGUGAUCCCUGCAGCCGCUGCCUCUGUCUGGACGGCUCGGUGUCCUGUCAGCGACUGCCCUGCCCGCCCGCGCCCUGCGCCCAUCCGCGCCGGGGCCCCUGCUGCCCCUCCUGCGAUGGCUGCCUGUUUCAGGGGAAGGAGUUUGCCAAUGGGGAGCGCUUCCCAUCUCCUAGUAUCGCGUGCCUCAUGUGCCUCUGCUGGGAGGGCAGCGUCAACUGCGAGCCCAAGGCUUGUGCCCCUGCCCAGUGUCCCUUCCCCAGCACGGAAGACUGCUGCCCCACCUGCGAUAGCUGUGAGUAUCUGGGGGUAUCCUACCUGAGCAGCCAGGAGUUUCCAGAUCCCAGGGAACCCUGCAGCCUGUGCACCUGCCUUGGGGGCUUUGUGACUUGCACCCAUCAGCCCUGUGAGCCUCCAGCCUGCAGCCACCCACGCAUCGUCCCUGGGCACUGCUGUCCAACCUGCCAGGGAUGCCUGUACCAUGGGAUCACUGCUGCCCUCGGAGAGACCCUUCCGGAUCCUCUUGACCCCACCUGCUCCCUAUGCACCUGCCAGGAAGGUUCUAUGCGCUGUCAGAAGAAACCAUGUCCUCCGGCUCUCUGCUCACACCCCUCUCCAGGCCCCUGCUUGUGCCCUGUGUGUCGAAGCUGCCUCUCUCAGGGUCAGGAGCACCAAGACGGGGAGGAGUUUGAGGGGCCGGAGGGCAGCUGUGAGCGCUGCCGCUGUUGGGCUGGCCAGGUCAGCUGUAUGCGGCUUCAGUGUCCUCCCCUGCCCUGCUUGCUUCAGGUCACAGAGCCAGGGAGCUGCUGUCCUCGAUGCACAGGCUGCCUGGCUCACGGAGAGGAGCAUCCUGAAGGUAGUAGCUGGGUGCCUGCCAACAGCCCCUGCUCCACCUGUGUGUGUCACAAGGGCGUCAUCACCUGUGCCCAAGUCCAGUGUGUCACUGCCUGCAUCCAGCCCCAGCAGGAGCCCAGUGCCUGCUGUCCCCCAUGCUCUGGCUGUGAGCAUGAGGGCCGGAAGUAUGAGCCCGGGGAGAGCUUCCAGCCUGGGGCAGAUGCCUGUGAGGUGUGCACCUGUGAGCUGCAACCUGAGAAGUCUCCGAGCCUUCACUGCCGCCGGCGGCAGUGCCCCAUUCUGGUGGGAUGCCCACCAAGCCAGCUUCUACCUCCUGGGCCCCAGGGCUGCUGUCCUACUUGUGCGCAGGCAUUGAGUAACUGCACAGAGGACCUACUGGGGACUGAGCUGAUGCCACCAGACCGCUGCUACACCUGCCAGUGUAGGGAUCUGACAUGGUUCUGUACUCACCGGGCCUGUCCUGAGCUCAGCUGUCCCCUGUGGGAGCGCCACACCCCCCCUGGCAACUGCUGCCCGGUGUGUAAAGCCCCUACUCAGUCAUGCGUGCAUCAGGGCCACCAGGUAGCUUCUGGGGAACACUGGGCAGUAGAUGCCUGCACCAGCUGCUCCUGCGUGGCUGGCACCGUGCGCUGCCAGAGCAGGCGCUGUAGUAAGCUCGCUUGUGGCCCGGCUGAGGCUCCUGCCCUGAGUCCCGGCAGCUGCUGUCCCCGCUGUUUGCCCCGACCGGCUUCUUGCAUGGCCUUCGGAGAUCCCCAUUACCGCACCUUCGACGGCCGCCUGCUACACUUCCAGGGUAGCUGCAGUUACGUGCUGGCCAAGGACUGUCACAGCGACGACUUCAGUGUGCACGUGACUAAUGAUGACCGGGGCCGGAGGGGUGUGGCCUGGACCCAAGAGGUUGCGGUGCUGUUGGGAACCGUGGUUGUGAGGCUGCUGCAGGGCAGGACAGUCAUGGUGGACCAGCACACGGUGACCUUGCCCUUCCUUCAGGAGCCACUGCUGUACGUUGAGCUUCGUGGUCGCACUGUGAUCCUGCAUGCCCAGCCUGGGCUUCAGGUGCUGUGGGAUGGGCAGUCCCAGGUGGAGGUGAUGGUUCCCAGCUCCUACAGGGGCCGGACUUGUGGUCUCUGUGGGAACUUCAAUGGCUUUGCCCAGGAUGAUCUGCAGGGUCCCGACGGGAGGUUUCUGCCCACGGAGGCUGCAUUUGGGAACAGCUGGAAGGUCCCGGAGGAGCUGGGUGCUGGCCGGCCCUGUUCUGCAGGCCGAGAAGUGGACCCAUGCCGAGCGGCAGGCUACCGCGCCAGGCGUGAGGCCAAUGCCCGGUGUGGGCUCAUUAAGAGCUCGUCUUUCAGUCACUGCCAUGCUGUGGUUCCGCCAGAGCCGUUCUUUGCUGCCUGUGUAUAUGACCUGUGUGCUUGUGGACCAGGCUCCUCGGCUGACAUCUGUCUCUGUGAUGUCCUGGAAGCCUACGCUAGCCACUGUCGCCAGGCUGGGGUGACUCCUGUCUGGAGGGGCCCGACACUCUGUGUGGUGGGCUGCCCUACGGACCGAGGCUUUGUGUUUGAUGAGUGUGGACCGCCUUGUCCCCGUACCUGUUUCAACCAGCACAUACCCCUAGGGGAGCUGGCAGCCCACUGUGUGGGGCCCUGUGUUCCAGGCUGCCAGUGUCCUGCAGGCCUGGUGGAGCAUGCAGGCCACUGCAUCUCACCUGAGGCCUGCCCACCAGUCCUGCUUACCAGUGACUAACCAGUCAGGAGCAGCCCCUGGUCACCCGGAGUUAAGAAUGCCCUCCGCUAGGACUUACCUGGCCAGAAGUCACCCCUUGGUGGGCAGCGACCUCCAGGCCACAGCUGUAAGGAGAAUGCCCUGCUUAGACAGUGGGGUCCUGGGCCGG